UAGAUCUUUUAAAAAUUCUUCAAAAUUGUGAUACAGGUCUCGAAGGUUACUAGUUUUUUAAGUCACCAUAUGGUUCCAAGUACAAAACAACUACUCGUAGAAAAGUACAAAUAUUGUUCAUUCAAACGGUACCAUGUGUAAUUUUUCAAAGGUUUUAAAUGAAUAUUAAGUAUAGGAUAUAGUUUCAAAAGAAGAAAGAAAUUAACAUGAGCUAACAGCCAGUGUCAAAGUUGAGUACUAAUGAACUCUAGUGAUGUGUGGCUCACUAGUUGAGGUACGGCAAAAUCAACUGCGUAUUUUUUUCGUCCAAAGCUAUGGCCAUCGUUACUGCCCAAGGGGCAUCCAGCGCUACCACGCUACCGCAGGCGGCUGGAACCACGAACAGUGAAAAAUUUUUGCUGCUGUUAUGGAAAAACUUCUUGUUGCACUGGCGAAGCAAAAUAUCUUCCCUUGUUGAAAUCUUCAUUCCACCAUUUUUCAUGCUAUUACUGGUUGGUCUGCGAAGUUUGACCGAAGUACAAAUCAACGACUAUGAAUCUAUCUAUGAGCCGCUAGAUGUAAGCAAUUUUUCAGGAAUAAGGGACAAGUUGGUAGUGCCUUUUGCUCCCACCAUUGCCUUCUCGCCAAAUACAGAUUUUCUAUAUGAGCUAAUGAGACCAGUAGGAGAACGAACGAAAUUGGAUAUCAAGGGAUUCGAUAAUCCACAAGAGCUGGAAUAUUUUCUGAUGGCAUCGCACUCUUUUGUUGGAGUACAGUUUGAUGAGCGUUAUAUCAAACUGACCGGCUUACCGAUGGUACUGAACUAUACAUUGCGAUUUCCCGGUGAACUCCGAGCGCAGUUCGGGAUUACGCACACUUGGCGAACAAACUCGCGGUUCGCCUCCAGACCGGACGGUGGUGCCCGGUUCUACAGGUACGACGACGGCGGGCCGAGUCCCGGAUAUUUUCGUGAAGGGUUUCUCAGCAUCCAGCAUUUUAUAUUUCAAUCAUACGUGAGCAUCGUGAGACCAGUUGGAGUCAUUGAUGAAGAAUUGCCCGAUGUGGUUGUGCAACGAUUUCCGUACCCACCGUUCAUGGAGGAUAAUUUUCCUUCCAGUUUGACUACGUUUCUACCAAUUUCAGUGAUGUUAGCUUUCAUUUACCCAUGUAUUAGCAUUGUGAAGUCGGUUUUAUUCGAAAAAGAAAAACAAAUUAAAGAAGCGAUGAAGAUUAUGGGAUUGAACAACUGGGUACUGUGGAGUUCAUGGUUUGUAAAGUGUUUGAUACUUAUAGUGAUAUCCGUUUCGACGGUGGUUUUAUUUCUCAAAGUGCCGUGGUAUACAACUCCCAACGUAUCCGUGCUGACCCACUCGGACUGGGGCGUAAUAUGGCUAUUUUUCUUCAUAUAUGGAAUCGCCAUCAUAACUUUUUCUUUUAUGCUGAGCACGUUGUUUUCGAAGGCAAACUCUGGAGGAGCGGUUGCAGCCAUAAUAUGGUUUCUGGCAUUUGCACCAUAUGCGGUGAUGGAUCAGGACUAUUCAAAUCUUAGUGCAGCUGAAAAACUUGCUGCAUCACUGCUACUGAACACUGCCAUAGGCUUUGGUCUACGGUUGAUUGGAGUAUACGAAGGACUUACACUCGGCAUGCAGUGGUCCAGUUUGUUCCACGAAAGUGAAGUUGAUAAUAUCAAUUUAGGAUCGAUCAUGCUGAUGCUAUUAGCGGAUGCUGUUAUUUACAUGCUGAUAACGUUGUACGUGGAGAAGGUAUUUCCGGGAGAUUUCGGAUUAGCGGAACCAUGGUAUUUUCCCGUUUCGAAGCGAUAUUGGUGCGGAGAUAUUCGAGAGAAAGACACCACAAUCACAGAUCCUAUUCCACUGAACAAAAACGUGGAGGAUGAUCCAAAAGGCCGUCCAUCUCGCAUCCAGAUAAGGUCACUUUGCAAAAUUUACUCAAACAAAAGAGUGGCCGUUGAAGGACUUACUUUCGAUAUGUUUGAAGGCCACAUUACAGCAUUGUUGGGGCACAACGGUGCAGGCAAAACUACAACAAUGUCCAUGCUAGCGGGCAUGAAACGACCAUCGAGCGGAACCGCGGUCAUUUGGGGAUACGACAUCCGGUAUGACAUGGAAAAGAUUAGAAGUUCAUUGGGAUAUUGUCCUCAACACAACAUAUUAUUUGAUCGACUUACGGUUAAGGAGCAUUUAUACUUCUAUGGCAGAUUAAAAGGAUUGUCAAAAAUUCAAGUGAACUAUGAAAUUAAUAGAUAUAUAAAAGCUCUUGAAUUAGUUGACAAAACAAAUGUGAGAGCUUCUAGUUUGUCUGGUGGCAUGCAGAGGAAGCUAUGCGUAGGAAUCGCACUUUGUGCUGGAUCAAAGGUAGUGCUAUGUGACGAACCUACCUCAGGUAUGGACCCAGCGGCUCGAAGAGCCCUAUGGGAUCUGUUGAUAGCGGAGAAAGCUCGACGCACAAUGAUACUGUCAACUCAUUUUAUGGACGAGGCGGAUAUGCUUGGAGAUCGAAUCGCCAUAAUGGCAGAAGGCAAGCUCAAAGCAGUCGGAUCUUCGUUUUUCCUAAAGAAAAAAUUCGGAGUUGGUUAUCGAUUGGUUUGUGUCAAGUCCCCAAAUUGUGACGUAGAUGCAGUUACCGAAUUACUUCGUAGGUAUAUAUUAGAUAUAACAAUAGAAUCUAGUAUAGGGUCAGAGUUGUCAUAUUUGCUACAAGAAGGACAUUCUGCUCGGUUUCAACCGAUGUUGGAGGCAUUAGAAAACAACAUUGAACGACUGAACAUUCUAGAUUUUGGGAUAUCCCUCAGUACACUGGAAGAGGUUUUCAUGAAGGUCGGAUCCGAUACCAACACACACAAUGCACUCAAUGAUGCCAUUAGUGUAAGUAGUAUCGCUACAUCUUCCACUGAUCUUGAAUCAAACUCCAGUAUUGGUGAUUAUGAUCUACUAGAAGGACAUCAACUAUUUUUCUGCCAAUUGAAGGCACUGUUUUUGAAAAAGGUUUACCAAACCUAUCGUAAUUGGUUUCUUUUUCUAGUACAAAUUGGGAUACCAAUUCUAUUCGUCUCAGUUACUAUUGCUGUUGUUCGAGCAUGGGUAGGUUCACGAGAUAUGCCUCCUCGAUUACUGUCUCUUGGAAGUCAUAACCCAUCCGUUACUCUUGUACAAGUCGAUUCGAACGAAGAGAGAGCACCCUUAACACAAAACAUCCUGGAUAACUAUUUGCAUCACUUCUAUUUUUCCCAAGGACUAGUGAUCGAUUUAGUCUACGAAUUUAUUGUUCGGGUGUUUCUCAGCCAUGCUGCAAAAAGUCUGAUCAUGGUGAACAGGCACUACAUAAUUGGUGCGAGUAUACUCAACAAGAACUGCACUGCGUGGUUCAACAACGAAGCGCUCCACUCGCCAGCGAUUUCAAUGAGUGUUAUGCAUAAUGCUCUGUUACGCACCUUUACUAAUUCAACAAUAUUUCGAAUUGACGCCACGAACCAUCCACUUCCGUAUACUGACGACACUAGACUUCAACUGAGUCGUGCACACAACAACCUUGGUUUCCAACUGGCUUACAAUACUGGUUUCGGAAUGGCUUUCGUUUCCGGGUUCUACGUAAUAUUCUACAUCCGAGAGCGAGUAACUAAAGCCAAGCUUCUGCAGUUUGUUAGUGGAGUCAACCGAUUUUUUUACUGGUUCACCGGUUUUAUAUGGGACUACUUCACAUAUGUUAUUGUGUGUCUUUUUAUUAUUGCAACUAUAGCACUUUUUCAAGAACCAGGAUUUAGUACGGGAGCUGAAAUCUUUCGGCUAUACGCCAUUUUUUUGUUCAUCGGACUACCAGCACUUCCAUUGGCAUACAUCACAACCCUCUACUAUUCCAUCCCACCAGCGGCGUUCAUUCGUGUUAGCGUCGCAUUUAUCGUAACCGGAACAGCUCUAUUCAUUUUCGUUUUUUUGCUCGGUACCGACAUGUUUCAACUAAAUGAACUUUCGGAAACACUGUCAACGGUAUUUCUCAUAUUUCCACACUUUACUUUAUGUGAUGCGAUCGUCAAUUUGAGUCGCAUGUCAGUAACGAUCAACAUGUGCGAAUCGCAACGGCCACCGGGUGUACCUCCACUACCGAUUUGCAAAGAAGAUCUUCACUAUUUCCAAUGGGAACGACCAGGAGUAGGAAGACAUCUCUUCUACAGUUUAGUCAUGACGGCAGUUUAUUUUGGACUGCUGUUUCUACUGGAUUUCAAAGUAUUGAAGGUUAUAGUUCAGAAGGCUCGAGAAUGGCAUUACAGAGGACAGCACAAAUUAGAAGUAAACCAUGAUAAAUUGGACUCGGAUGUGCUAGCAGAGACAAAACGCAUAGAAGCAAUGACCGAAAUAGAAAGAAAAGAAACUAAUCUAGUGGCACAUCAAAUGACUAAAUACUACAACCGUUUUUUGGCAGUGAAUCAACUCAGCGUAGGAAUACAAAGCCAUGAUUGCUUUGGACUCCUCGGAGCGAACGGUGCCGGUAAGACCACAACUUUCAAGAUGUUAUCGGGAGACGAGACCAUUUCGUUUGGCAAUGCAUGGAUUAGAGGCAACAGCUUGAAAACCAAUCUGAAAAAGGUCCACAAGCACAUCGGAUACUGUCCGCAGUUUGACGCCCUCAUCGAGGACUUGACUGGUCGAGAGACGCUGAAAUUAUUCUCGCUGCUCCGGGGGGUACCCAGUGAUAAAAUUCCAGAGAUAACCAUCUUUUUAUCGAAAGAGUUUGGCUUCGUUAAACACCUGGACAAGCAAGUGAAAGCCUUCAGCGGAGGCAAUAAGCGAAAGUUGAGUACGGCAUUGGCCCUGCUAGGAAAUCCGAUUGUAGUUUAUUUAGAUGAGCCAACUUCGGGAAUGGAUCCUGGAGCGAAAAGGAAACUGUGGAAUGGUGUAUGUCGCGUUCGAGAUAGCGGGAAAACAAUCGUCUUAACUUCUCACAGCAUGGAAGAAUGUGAGGCAUUGUGCACGCGACUUGCCAUAAUGGUAAACGGAGAGUUCAAGUGUAUCGGGUCAACUCAACAUCUGAAAAACAAAUUUUCACAAGGUUUCGUAUUGAUUGUCAAAGCUAAGAGAGCGGAUUCAUUUGAUAAAGUAGCUGCCGAUUCGGAAGUACCAAUCCUCCAAAAAAUAAAAGAUUUCGUUUCUAUACAAUUUCCCGAUUCACAGCUGAAGGAAGAAUACCAAGAUCUUCUGACGUAUUAUAUCCGUUCCCAGCACAUGAAGUGGUCAGAGAUAUUCGGAAUAAUGGAAAAUAGCAAACGUACGCUGAAUGUGGAAGAUUAUUCCAUUGGACAAACAAGCUUAGAGCAAGUUUUUCUCUCGUUCACCAAAUUUCAACGUGAAGAAUGAGACGGGUUCAAUUCAAACGAAAAAAAAACAAAUGUAUUCCGCUAGAUUGAAGUUUUCGUUGCGCUCAACAUGAGUAUUUCAAAUUCAUAUUUCCUAUUAUAUUAUUUCUAAAAAACGAAUCAAAGAGAUUAAUACUAAGUUAUAUGCAUUCUAUCGAUUGUAAGCCGAGUAAUUAACAGAAUAGUGCGACAUCUCAAUAAUAGGUCAACAAUAAACUCAUUGUUCUGUACAAAA